UUACGGCAUGGCGCCCGCCAUUUUAAGGCUAGGCAGCACAAGAGAUAGCCAAACAUACCUUAAGACAAGAGAAGCACGCUUUAGACGCUUAGAGAAAGACUGUUGAAUGCUGAAGAUCGCUGUUGGGACUAACCGUGUGCGCUUAUUGUUCCUUGUGUUUUCACACAAACGGUGUUCUUUCGCUGUAUUGGAGAAUUUUCGUGCGAAAAUUGAAUGCAGACCUGAGGUAAACCAUGACGCAGUUUCUUCCCCCCAACCUAUUGGCAUUGUUUGCCCCCCGAGACCCUAUUCCUUUUCUGACUCAAUUGGAAAAGCUUCCUCACGAGAAACACCACAAUCAGCCAUACUGUGGAAUCGCGCCGUUCAUCCAACAAUUUGAGGACCCCAGAGAUGCUCCACCACCCACCAGAGCAGAAACCAGAGAUGAGCGGUUGGAAAGAAAAAGGCGAGAGAAGAUUGAAAGAAGACAGACUGUGGUGGAAGAUGAGCUGAAGUUAUGGGAUCCUCACAAUGACGCAAAUGCACAAGGGGAUGCCUUCAAAACGCUGUUUGUGGCCCGAAUUAACUACGAUACCACAGAAUCCAAGCUGAGAAGGGAAUUUGAGGUCUAUGGACCCAUCAAAAGGAUUUACAUAGUCUUCAACAAGAAGACACAGAAGCCACGCGGAUAUGCCUUCAUCGAGUAUGAGCACGAGAGGGACAUGCACUCUGCGUAUAAGCAUGCCGAUGGUAAGAAGAUCGAUGGCAGAAGGGUGCUUGUAGACGUGGAAAGGGGUCGCACGGUGAAAGGAUGGCAUCCACGUAGGCUUGGUGGUGGUCUGGGUGGGACCAGGAGAGGUGGGGCAGAUGUCAACAUUAAGCACUCUGGGAGGGAUGACACCUCCCGCUACGACGACCGUCCAAUUGGGGGCGACCGGGACCGCGAGCGACGGGAAAGAAGUCGGGAGCCUCGCGACCGUGGCGAUCGUGGGGAAAAGGACCGGGGAGAGCGCCGUAGGUCGCGCUCCAGAGAAAGACGCAGGCGCUCACGCUCCCGGGAAAGGGGUGGAGGAGAGGAAGUCAGGCGGAGGGGAGGAGAGAGGGAGCGUGGGGAGCGGGGAGGAGCCGCUGUCGGAUCGGUGCCGGCGACUCCAGAAGGCCGCAGUAGAGAGCGGAGUAGGGACCGCAGCGAGCGCAAGAGGAGAAGCAGGAGCAGGGACAGGAAGAGGGACAGGGAGAGGGGGAAGGGAGCGGAGGGAGGUGAAGAGGGCCCCGGCAUGGAUGGCAUGAUGGGAGAUGGUGGAGAGCGUGGGAUGGACGAGAUGGGCGGCGGUGACAUGGGCCGUGGGGAAGAACCAGGGAUGGAAGGAGAGGAGAGGGGAGGAGGGAGAGAGAGGGACAGAGACAGACGGAGGAGCCACCGGGACAAGGAUCGAGAGGGAAGGGAGGGGAGAGAGGGAAGAGAGGGAGAGAGGAGGAGGGACAGAGAUAGGGAUCGCGAACACAAGAGAGAUCGGGGUGACCGUGAGCGGGGAGGUGACCGCAGGGAGGACCGCCACUCUCAGCAGCCUCCCUCUGGUGACAUGGAGGGACUGGGCAACGGAGGGGAGGAGGGAGCUGACUCCAUGCCCCCCAAGUCUGAGGAGGGCUCGCAGGACGGCAUGCGGAUGAUGGACCAGGAGUCCAUGCAGUCAGGCGAAGGCUAUGGCUCCAAUGAGAACGGCUACAAAAUGGAGGCCCAGGAAGAUGAAUAUUGAGCCAACUUCUGAACCUUACUGAGACAUCCCUUAUUUUGUUUUUGUUCCUGUCCUUUGACAUGUAGGUUUGGGGCAAGGGCUCGACCACAUGGCCCUCCCUCAUGCUCACCUGGAGUAUGCCCAUUUAUACAUAGGAAUAGGAAGCUGUGAUGUAAAAAGCUACUGUUAACAAAUGCGGUUGAGGCCAGGCAGUUGUGUCAGGACUUAAAGCAUCAAGAGGAACUUCUACAAUUGAACCUACUUGUCCAACUGGCCUUCUAAGCCUCCUCUCUGUCCAAGAAAGGACACCCACCACCAUCUCUCUCUCCUUUCAUUAAUUGACUAACACAUCCGUAUCUAUGACAACUGUAGUUUCAGACUUCAGGUCUCUGUCAGCUGUAGCAUCUAAAUUGUUUCGCGUGAGAUGCCAAGCUUCUCGUAUGCUUCUCUGUCGUCCUUUUUGCAAAACAAAUAUUGUUGGUUUAUUUUUUUGAAAAUGUUGUCUCCCCAUGCCAGCUCUUGACCUCAGUGCACGAGGGAUAAAUUAAUAGUAACCUGAUUCUGCAUUAGCUUCAAUGCACCCCCCAAACAGAUUGCGUUUUUAAUCUAAAGAGAAUGUUGCCAUAGGUUCACACUUUUUGUUUUUCUUUUGUAAUUAUUGGUGUUUAUUUGAUUAUUUUGAAAGCCUUUGUGAACCGCUCCCUUGGUGUUUGAUUCUGUACUGCAUCUUCAUUCUCUUUAAUAAAUACUUUUUUACGUA